AUGAAGAACACUUUUAAUGGGCAUGAAGCUAGAAUUAUCCAACAAAUUGUUCAAGACAUUUCACUAAAGCUAUGUUUCAUUAACUUGAGCGUUGAUGGGAAGUUAGUAGGCAUGGAAACCCGGGUAAAGAAUGUAGUUUCAUCUUUAGAAUAUGGCUCUGAUGAUAUUCGCAUGAUAGGGAUCAAGGGGAUAGGAGGUGGUGGGAAGACCACUUUGGCAAGAGCUAUUUUUGAUCAUAUAUCCAUUUGGUUUGAAGGUAAAAGCUUUGUUGAGAAUGUCAGAGAAGUUUCCAAGGGCUCUGGUUUGAAGGAAUUGCAAAAGCAGAUACUUUUAGAUGUGUUAAAUGAUAAAAGCAUUGUAGAAAAUAUUUCUGAUGGAAAAAAUAGGAUGAAAAAUUUGAUGCGUGGUAAAAAGGUGCUUGUAGUUCUAGAUGACGUGGAUCAUAUAAACCAGCUUGAGGCGUUAGCAGGUGAUAUUACUUGGUUUAAGCCAGGAAGUAGAAUCAUCAUCACAACAAGAGAUGAGCAAGUGUUGGUAGCUCAUGGUGUUCAUAGUUACAAUAUUCAUGAUGUGAGUCUGCUAUCACAUGAGGAAGCAAAUUGCCUCUUCAGUAGGUAUGCACUUAUGAGGGUGAUUCCAAAUCAAGGGUAUGAAGAGCUAUCAAGAAAAGUUGUAAAUUAUGCUGCUGGUCUUCCCUUAACAAUCAAAGUUUUGGGUUCACAUCUUUGCGGUAGAAGUGAACGUGAAUGGGAAGAUGCCUUAGAAAGACUAAAAACAAUUCCGUUGAAGGAAACUUUGGAGAUACUGGAACUAAGCUACAAUGGUCUAGAGAAUGAUCAAAAAGAAAUAUUCCUAGAUGUUGUAUGCAUACUGAAAGGUGAAAUGAAGGACGAAGCAAUCAGAAUACUUGAAAGCUGUGGGUUUAGGGCUCAUAUUGGUUUAAGCGUACUUGAGCAGAAAUCUUUGAUAACUGUAUCUAGUACUGAUGGUUUACGCUUCCAUGACCACAUUGAAGAGAUGGGUUGGAAUAUUGUUCGUCGUUUGCACCCUCAUGAGCCUAGCAGACAUAACCGAUUAUGGAUUAAAGAGGAAAUUGAAGAUAUAUUGGUUAAUGAAUUGGUAAGGUUGAAGUUUAUAUGA